AUGCCCGCCCUGCGGCCGGCUCGGCUGUGGGUGCUGCUGGCGCUCUGGCUGUGCCGCGCGGGCUCCGCGCGUGCAUUGCAAUGUCGGGACGGCAUUGAGCUCUGUGUUAAUGAAGGAGUGUGUGUUACCUACCACAACGGAACAGGAUACUGCAAAUGUCCAGAGGGCUUCUUGGGAGAAUAUUGUGAACAUCGAGACCCCUGUGGGAAGAACCGCUGCCAGAAUGGUGGGACAUGUGUGGUCCAGGCCAUGUUGGGGAAAGCCACAUGCCAGUGUGCUCCGGGGUUCACAGGCGAGGACUGCCAGCACUCGACCACUCACCCCUGCUACGCAUCUCCCUCCUGUCUGAAUGGAGGCACCUGCCAUGUGCUCAGCCAGGAUGAUUAUGAGUGCACCUGCCAAGUUGGCUUUGCAGGUAAGCUGUGCCAGUGGACGGAUGCCUGCCUGUCUCAUCCCUGUGCAAAUGGAAGUACCUGCACCACCGUGGCCAACCAGUUCUCCUGCAAAUGCCUGCCAGGCUUCACGGGGCAGAAAUGUGAGACUGACAUCAACGAGUGUGACGUUCCGGGACAGUGCCAGCAUGGUGGCACCUGCCUCAACCUCCCGGGCUCCUAUCAGUGCCAGUGCCCCCAGGGCUUCACCGGCCAGCACUGCGACAGCCCCUACGUGCCCUGCGCACCCUCGCCCUGUGUCAAUGGAGGCACCUGCCGGCAGACCGGCGACUUCACUUUUGAGUGCAACUGCCUUCCAGGUUUUGAAGGCAGCACCUGUGAGCGGAAUAUAGAUGACUGCCCUAACCACCGAUGCCAGAACGGAGGGGUUUGCGUGGACGGGGUCAAUACCUACAACUGCCGCUGCCCCCCUCAAUGGACAGGACAGUUCUGCACGGAGGACGUGGACGAGUGCCUGCUGCAGCCCAACGCCUGUCAGAACGGAGGCACCUGCACCAACCGCAACGGAGGCUACGGCUGCGUGUGCGUCAACGGCUGGAGCGGGGACGACUGCAGUGAGAACAUCGAUGACUGCGCCUUCGCCUCCUGCACGCCAGGCUCCACCUGCAUUGACCGCGUGGCCUCCUUCUCGUGCAUGUGCCCGGAGGGAAAGACAGGACUCCUGUGUCAUCUGGACGAUGCAUGCAUCAGCAAUCCGUGCCACAAGGGGGCACUGUGUGACACCAACCCCCUGAACGGGCAGUAUAUCUGCACCUGCCCACAAGGCUACAAAGGGGCUGACUGCACAGAAGACGUGGAUGAGUGCACCAUGGCCAAUAGCAAUCCCUGUGAGCACGCAGGGAAAUGUGUGAACACGGACGGCGCCUUCCACUGCGAGUGUCUGAAGGGCUACGCGGGGCCUCGCUGUGAGAUGGACAUCAACGAGUGCCAUUCCGACCCCUGCCAGAACGAUGCCACCUGCCUGGAUAAGAUUGGGGGCUUCACAUGCCUGUGCAUGCCAGGUUUCAAAGGUGUGCAUUGUGAGCUGGAGAUAAACGAAUGUCAGAGCAACCCCUGUGUGAACAACGGGCAGUGUGUGGAUAAAGUCAAUCGCUUCCAGUGCCUGUGUCCACCUGGUUUCACCGGGCCGGUCUGCCAGAUUGAUAUUGACGACUGUUCCAGCACUCCGUGUCUGAACGGGGCCAAGUGCAUCGAUCACCCCAACGGCUAUGAAUGCCAGUGCGCCACAGGAUUCACUGGUGUGUUGUGUGAGGAGAACAUCGACAACUGUGACCCCGACCCCUGCCACCACGGCCAGUGUCAGGAUGGGAUCGAUUCCUACACCUGCAUCUGCAACCCGGGGUACAUGGGCGCCAUCUGCAGCGACCAGAUCGACGAGUGUUACAGCAGCCCCUGCCUGAACGAGGGCCGCUGCAUCGACCUGGUGAACGGCUACCAGUGCAACUGCCAGCCCGGCACGUCGGGUGUUAAUUGUGAAAUCAAUUUUGAUGACUGUGCCAGUAACCCGUGUGUCCACGGCGUCUGCAUGGAUGGGGUUAAUCGUUACAGUUGUGUCUGCUCGCCGGGAUUCACAGGGCAGAGAUGUAACAUUGACAUUGACGAGUGUGCCUCCAAUCCCUGUCGCAAGGGUGCAACGUGCAUCAACGACGUGAAUGGCUUCCGCUGUCUAUGCCCCGAGGGGCCCCAUCACCCCAGCUGCUUCUCGCAGGUGAACGAGUGCCUAAGCAACCCCUGCAUCCACGGGAACUGCACCGGGGGCCUCAGCGGAUACAAGUGCCUCUGUGAUGCAGGCUGGGUUGGCAUCAACUGUGAAGUGGAUAAAAAUGAAUGUCUUUCCAACCCAUGCCAGAAUGGAGGAACUUGUGAUAACCUGGUGAAUGGAUACAGGUGCACCUGCAAGAAGGGCUUUAAAGGCUAUAACUGUCAGGUGAAUAUCAACGAAUGUGCUUCAAACCCGUGCCUGAACCAAGGAACCUGCCUUGAUGACAUAAGUGGCUACACCUGUCGCUGCGUGCUGCCAUACACAGGCAAGAACUGUCAGACGGUCCUGGCUCCCUGUUCCCCAAACCCUUGUGAGAAUGCUGCCGUGUGCAGAGAGGCGCCCAAUUUCGAGAGUUACACCUGCCUGUGUGCCCCUGGCUGGCAAGGUCAGCGGUGCACAAUUGACAUUGACGAGUGUGUCUCCAAGCCCUGCAUGAACCACGGCCUCUGCCAUAACACCCAGGGCAGCUACAUGUGCGAGUGUCCUCCGGGCUUCAGCGGCAUGGACUGUGAGGAGGACAUCGACGACUGCCUCGCCAAUCCUUGCCAGAACGGAGGCUCCUGUGUCGAUGGAGUGAACGCUUUCUCCUGCCUGUGCCUUGCGGGCUUCACCGGGGACAAGUGCCAGACGGACGUGAACGAGUGUCUGAGCGAGCCCUGUAAGAACGGGGGCACCUGCUCCGACUACGUCAACAGCUACACGUGCAAGUGCCCGGCGGGGUUUGAAGGCGUCCACUGCGAGAACAACAUCGACGAGUGCACCGAGAGCUCCUGUUUCAAUGGUGGCACGUGUGUCGACGGGAUUAACUCCUUCUCUUGCCUGUGCCCUGUGGGCUUCACCGGCCCAUACUGCGUCCAUGAGAUCAAUGAAUGCGACUCUCACCCGUGCCUGAAUGAAGGAACAUGUGUGGACGGCCUGGGUACCUACCGCUGCACCUGCCCCUUGGGCUACACUGGGAAAAACUGUCAGACCCUGGUGAACCUCUGCAGUCGGUCUCCAUGUAAAAACAAAGGCACCUGCAUGCAGGAAAAAGCGCGCUCCUGGUGCCUGUGCCCACCUGGGUGGGCUGGUGCCUACUGUGAUGUGCCCAACGUCUCCUGUGAGGUGGCGGCCAAGAGACGAGGGCUGACCCCCGACCGCUUGUGCCAGCACUCGGGCGUCUGCAUCAAUGCUGGCAACUCGCACCACUGCCAGUGCCCCCUGGGCUACACCGGGAGCUACUGCGAGCAGCAGCUGGACGAGUGCUUGUCCAAUCCCUGCCAGCAUGGAGCCACCUGCAGGGACUUCGUUGGUGGAUACCGAUGUGAGUGCGUCCCAGGAUACCAGGGUGUCAACUGCGAGUACGAGGUGGAUGAGUGCCAGAACCAGCCAUGCCAGAACGGGGGCACCUGUGUCGACCUAGUGAACCACUUCAAGUGCUCCUGCCCACCGGGCACCCGCGGCCUGCUCUGUGAAGAGAACAUUGAUGACUGUGCCAGGGGACCCCACUGCCUCAACGGCGGCCAGUGUGUAGAUAAGAUCGGGGGCUACAGCUGCCGCUGCCUGCCUGGCUUUGCCGGAGAGCGGUGUGAGGGGGACAUCAACGAGUGCCUGUCCAACCCGUGCAGCUCGGAGGGCAGCCUGGACUGCAUACAGCUCACCAACGACUACCUGUGCGUCUGCCGCAGCGCCUUCACAGGUCGUCACUGCGAAACCUUCGUCGACGUGUGCCCCCAGAUGCCUUGCUUGAAUGGAGGGACCUGUGCCGUGGCCAGCAACAUGCCCGACGGUUUCAUUUGCCGUUGUCCCCCGGGGUUCUCCGGGGCGAGAUGCCAGAGCAGCUGUGGACACGUGAAGUGCCGGCGAGGGGAGCAGUGCGUCCACACGCCCUCGGGGCCCCGCUGCUUCUGUCCCAACCCCCAGGAGUGCGAGCUGGGCUGUGCCAGCAGCCCCUGCCAGCACGGGGGAAGCUGCCUCCCGCAGCGCCAGCCCCCGUACUACUCCUGCCAGUGCCCCCCGCCGUUCCGGGGCGGCCGCUGCGAGCUCCACGCAGCCCCCACCAGCACCCCGCCUGCCACCUGCCACAGCCAGUACUGUGCCGACAAAGCCCGGGACGGCGUCUGCGACGAGGCCUGCAACAGCCACGCCUGCCAGUGGGACGGGGGCGACUGCUCCCUCACCAUGGAGAACCCCUGGGCCAACUGCUCCUCGCCGCUGCCCUGCUGGGACUACAUCAACAACCAGUGCGACGAGCUGUGCAACACGGCCGAGUGCCUCUUCGACAACUUUGAGUGCCAGGGGAGCAGCAAGACGUGCAAGUACGACAAGUACUGCGCGGACCACUUCCGGGACGACCACUGCGACCAGGGCUGCAACAGCGAGGAGUGCGGCUGGGACGGGCUGGACUGCGCCGGCGACCGGCCGGAGAACCUGGCCGAGGGCACCCUGGUGAUCGUGGUGCUGAUGCCCCCCGAGCAGCUGCUGCAGGACGCGCGCAGCUUCCUGCGGGCCCUGGGCACCCUGCUGCACACCAACCUGCGCAUCAAGCGGGACGCCCAGGGCCACCUCAUGGUCUACCCCUACUACGGCGAGAAGCCGGGCGCCCUGAAGAAGCCGAGGCUGGCACGCCGGUCGCUGCCCGAGGAUCCAGACCAGGAGGUGGCUGGCUCUAAGGUGUUUCUGGAGAUCGACAACCGCCAGUGUGUUCAAGAUUCGGACCAGUGCUUCAAGACCACGGAUGCAGCCGCAGCUCUCCUGGCCUCUCACGCCAUCCAGGGCACCCUGUCCUACCCGCUGGUGUCUGUCGUCAGUGAAUCCCUGGGUCCCAAACCCACCCAGCUGCUCUACCUCCUCGCCGUCGCUGUCGUCGUCAUCCUGUUCAUUCUGCUGCUGGUGGUGGUCAUGGCCAAGCGGAAGCGGAAGCACGGCUCCCUCUGGCUGCCCGAAGGCUUCACCCUCCGCCGGGAGUCCAGCAACCACAAGCGGCGCGAGCCGGUGGGGCAGGACGCCGUGGGGCUGAAAAACCUCUCAACGCAAGUCUCCGAGGCCAACCUGAUAGGUUCUGGAACCAGUGAGCACUGGGUGGACGACGAAGGGCCCCAGCCAAAGAAGGCCAAGGCUGAAGCCGAGGCUUUGCUCUCAGAAGAUGACCCCAUCGAUCGGCGCCCGUGGACGCAGCAGCACCUGGAGGCCGCAGACAUCCGCCGGACCCCGUCGCUGGCCCUCACGCCCCCGCAGGCGGAGCAGGAGGUGGACGUGCUGGACGUGAACGUCCGGGGCCCAGACGGCUGCACCCCGCUGAUGCUGGCUUCCCUCCGAGGAGGCAGCUCCGACCUGAGUGAGGAAGAUGAAGACGCCGAGGACUCGUCCGCCAACAUCAUCACCGACCUGGUCUACCAGGGGGCCAGCCUGCAGGCCCAGACGGACCGGACCGGCGAGAUGGCCCUGCACCUGGCCGCGCGCUACUCCCGGGCCGAUGCCGCCAAGCGUCUCCUGGACGCGGGUGCCGACGCCAACGCCCAGGACAACAUGGGCCGCUGCCCGCUCCACGCCGCAGUGGCAGCUGAUGCCCAAGGUGUCUUCCAGAUCCUGAUCCGCAACCGGGUGACCGAUCUGGACGCCAGGAUGAAUGACGGCACCACGCCCCUGAUCCUGGCCGCGCGCCUGGCUGUGGAGGGGAUGGUGGCCGAGCUGAUCAACUGCCAAGCAGACGUGAACGCGGUGGACGACCACGGAAAAUCCGCUCUCCACUGGGCAGCGGCUGUCAACAACGUGGAGGCGACGCUUUUGCUGCUGAAAAACGGGGCCAACCGAGACAUGCAGGACAACAAGGAGGAGACGCCUCUGUUCCUCGCUGCCCGGGAGGGGAGCUACGAGGCCGCCAAGAUCCUCUUAGACCAUUUCGCCAACCGGGACAUCACCGACCACAUGGACCGCCUGCCCCGGGACGUGGCCCGCGAGCGCAUGCACCACGACAUCGUGCGCCUGCUGGACGAGUACAACGUGGCGCCGAGCCCCCCGGGCUCCGUGCUGACCUCCGCCCUCUCCCCCGUCCUCUGCGGGCCCAACCGCUCCUUCCUCAGCCUCAAGCACACUCCGAUGGGCAAGAAGCCCCGGCGGCCCAGCGCCAAGGGCGCCGUGCCCACCAGCCUCCCUCACCUGGCCAAGGAGGCCAAGGAGGCCAAGGGCGGCCGGAGGAAGAAGUCGCUGAGCGACAAGGCCCAGCUGUCGGAGAGCUCCGUGACUCUGUCCCCCGUGGAUUCCCUCGAGUCCCCUCACACCUACGUGUCCGACGCCACCUCCUCCCCAAUGAUCACCUCCCCCGGCCUCUUGCAGGCCUCGCCCAACUCCAUGCUGGCCACGGCCGCGGCCCCCGGCCCCGUCCACGCGCAGCACGCACUGUCCUUCUCCAACCUCCGCGAGAUCCAGCCCCUGGCCCACGGGCCCGGCACUGUGCUCCCCUCGGUGAGCCAGCUGCUGUCCCACCACCACAUGGUGCCCCCAGGCAGUGGCAGCGCGGGCAGCAUGGGUAGGCUGCAUCCGGUCCCCGUCCCGGCAGACUGGAUGAACCGCAUGGAGAUGAAUGAGAGCCAGUACAACGAGAUGUUUGGGAUGGUCCUGGCACCAGCUGAGGGCACCCCUCCUGGCAUCGCUCCCCAGAGCAGGCCGCCGGAAGGGAAGCAUAUGGCCGCCCCCCGAGAGCCCUUGCCCCCCAUCGUGACUUUCCAGCUGAUCCCCAAAGGUGGGAUUGCCCAGCCUGCCGGGGCGCCCCAGCCUCAGUCCAGCUGCCCUCCGGCGGCUGCAGGCCCCAUGCCCACCAUGUACCAGAUCCCGGAAAUGGCUCGUCUGCCCAGCAUGGCGUUCCCCGCUGCCGUGAUGCCCCAGCAGGACGGGCAGGUCGUUCAGACCAUCCUCCCCACCUACCACCCUUUCCCGGCCUCCGUGGGCAAGUACCCCACCCCGCCUUCCCAGCACAGCUACGCCUCCUCCAACGCCGCCGAGCGCACGCCCAGCAACAGCGGCCACCUGCAGGGGGAGCAUCCCUACCUGACCCCGUCCCCGGAGUCUCCCGACCAGUGGUCAAGCUCGUCGCCCCACUCUGCUUCUGACUGGUCAGACGUGACCACCAGCCCCACUCCCGGGGGUGCCGGAGGAGGCCCGCGGGGGCCGGGGACCCACAUGUCUGAGCCGGCACGCAGCAACAUGCAGGUUUACGCGUGA